ACCUGUAGCGCCGCUGAUUCCAGACUCGCCAAUGUGAACACACUCUAGAAGCGGCUAAGGAAAGUAAAAAAAAAGGCAGAAACACAUACAGACAGACAUAAGGGAGGUGUGAAAGAUAGGAUGUGCUAGUAACCUGUAAAAUGGACCUGGGAGCGAGUGUAUGGCACACCCAGACGACAGUGAACGCAGAUGGGGAGAAAGGUCCUGAGCUCCAAUGCUCCAUCUGCUUCACCACAUACGACAAUGUCUUCAAAACGCCCAAACAGCUGGACUGCACACAUACGUUCUGUCUGGAGUGCCUCUCACGCCUCGUGGCCAUCUCCAUGGACCCUCACGAGAGCAAAAUCUCGUGUCCUUUCUGCCGACACCUUACACCCAUCCCUAAGAACGGCCCGCCAGCUCUGACCACCAGUCAUGAGGUCCUGUGCCAUCUUCCCAGACACCAGCAGCAUGAGGAACCUGUGUGGCUCGAGGGAGAAAAGCUGUGCUACAAGCGGCCAAUUAAGACAGGCAUGCCGACAUUCUGCAUCUGCAUUGACAUUGGUGCGAGUAGGCAAGGUGCUGGUGCUCCACCACAGCCACGCCCCAGGGCAAGCCUGAUUGAAAGAUUCACUAACUGGAAGAAGCUGCUGCUCUUUAUUGUAAUCAUCGUGCUGGUGGUGGUGAUUGUGUUGUGGCCAUUGCAGUGUAUCAUCACCACGGGGUCGAUGCGCUGCGUGCCUCGCACCUCACAGCCCAUCACCAACAACACUUCUCCACACACCCAUACAUAAACCCAGACAUAAACUGUUUAUCAUACACUUGAACAUGGACACUCAGUGAUGAUGGUGAAUACACAAAAUAAACAUUAUCAUAUGAAAAUGAGAAUGAGCUUAAAACCAAAACUAUCUGUGGGGCACCUCAAUUAUGUUCGUUAUUAUUAUUAGAUACAUUAUUAGUAUUAUGUAUCGUAUUAUUAUUAUUAUAUCCCCAAUGAGGUGAUGAGAGGUGGAAUUCCUGUGCAAAGCCACUAUAUUUAAAGACUUGACAUGAACAGGUCUAGGAUACUCUUUAGCACUUAUUAGCAUUCUAUUCCAUGUCUAAAUUAUAAUCUGUGAUUUUUAGAAAUGAAUGUGAAUUAGUUUAUGACUCAUUCUAAAACUGUUUUUAAAGUUGAAUGAUUUUAAAAACUGAUAAAAACUAUUUGGAAAUCGUCUAUCUCAGAACAGUAUUCAAAUCACUUCUUUACAGUGGAUGUGAGAUUUUUCAUGCCAAAAUUCUUUAAAAGGUUACAUUACCUUUUUAAUAACUGCACUAUGAAUACUUUUUCCAGACAUACAUUUAAUAUGUCUAGUUGUGAACAAUUUUAUAUGCACUGUAUAUUGUGUAUUUGAUCACACUGUAUAAUGGAUUACAUCUUUCUUUUUUCUUUUUUUUUUCUUUUUUACAAAAGAGUAAAUGCUGACUAAAUACCAACCGUUGAAGGAAAUGUGUCCAUGAUCUAUAUUAAUAUUGUAAUACAAUAAUCACUCUUUG